UUGUCUCCCUCCUCUCUGCUCAUCCUCUCCAGCUGCCCAAUCGCGGGUUUUUCGAUUAAAUUCGUUUCAAAAACGGUCCAGUGUGCUUCCUUUGUUACUUGUUUCGGUUAUUUCGGCUAUUUUAAUUGAUCCUCUUCGAUUAUCCCGAUGGUCGAUUGGAGUAACGAGGAGGAAUUUCGUUUAAUCAACCUUUACGAAAAGUUUCCGGUGCUUUGGAAGUCGGAAAACUGCGCUCACAGUUCAGUGAAGAAAUACGAAGCUUGGAGGGAAAUUGCCAUGGCUCUGGGUAAACCGGUUGAUGAAGUUGAGAAAAAAAUGAGCGGCUUAAAGCAUUUCCUCAGAUGGGAAAAAGAGAUGGUCAAGAAGUUGAGUCAAGUUGAAACAGCAGGCCUUAGUACCGAAUCAACCUCAUUCGCGUUCAAAAGUCUGAAUUUUCUAACGGAUGGAAAUAAGUUACAAGGAAGAGCUAAUUCAAAAAUGGCAGGCAUGGCAUCUACAGAUAGAUUAGCUGACAGUGCCGAUGAUGAAGAUCGAUCCGAAAAGAGCCAAAAUUCUGAUACCUCAGCCUUCGCGAAUGUAACACCCAAUAAUGUUCGAACUUCAUCAGCAUCAACACAACAUUUCUCGAAGCAAGGAAGCGGCACGAUAAAAAAUUCAGCAAAGGCCUGUCCAGCUGCAUGUGCAUGUUCUGCAGUAGCAAAUAACUUCUCUGCAAUCCCGGCGAAUGAGUGCGACUAUUUUGGCUCAUACGUUGCGGGGAAAUUGAGGAAUUUCGAUCGACACGCGAAAGCCGAGGCCGAGAAUCAAAUCACAAAAGUUCUCUUACGUGCGGAAAUGGACUUUGGUGAACCGCUAGCUUCUUCUGAAAUUUCCUGGAUGGGCUCUGAAUCCUUCAGCAGCCGCCUCCCCAGCAGUACGCCUCACAAAAAUCACCACCCACGAUCGGUUAAUCCUAUAAGUUUGGCUUUUAAUGAAACCUGUCACCCUUAUUCUCGUUCGGAAUUUUUACCGAUGUCCGACGACAUGCGAGAAACUACCUCUCGGGCGAUGAACGCAUCCACAUAUAAUCAUGUAAGCACGUUGAUGAAUUAAACAAGUUUAUGGAAUCCUUGAAAUUAUACAAAAGAAAAAUGUAAACUAGAGAAAUUGGGUUUAGAAUAACAUAGAAAACACACACUCGCCCUGACCAACAUACCCUGAAGAACACAUCUUAAAAAGUGAUUCAUUACCUCAGAUGAUCGUCACAUUUUAAAUUUUUGUUUAUUGCCUUACUCCCAUUCAUAUGUGUACCUAUAUAUUUGUACCAAUGUAUUGUAAUUGUUUUUUAGUUUUCUUUUUUAUAAUUUUAUUAGUGAA